AACACAUCAGCAACCAUGGAGGUACUUCUGGGAAUCACGGGCAAGGACUUCACCAUCAUCGCCGCCUCCAAAGCCGCCAUGCGAGGCGCGACCAUCCUCAAGGCCUCAGACGACAAGACCCGCCGACUCAACGACCACACUUUGAUGGCAUUCAGCGGUGAAGCAGGAGACACGAUCCAAUUCGCCGAGUAUGUCCAAGCCAACGUAGCCCUCUACUCCAUGCGCAACGGCAGCGACCUCACUCCAACCGAGACAUCCUCUUUCGUUCGCAGCGAGCUUGCCAAGUCUCUCCGAUCACGAUCACCGUAUACCGUCAAUCUCCUGCUCGGUGGCUACGACGUGCACGCCAACAAGCCGCAGCUCUUCUGGAUCGACUACCUGGCAUCCUGCGCCCCCGUCCCGUACGCCGCCCAUGGUUAUGCACAAUACUACUGCCUAUCGACGCUUGACAAGCAUCACCAUCCAGAUAUCACGUUCGAGCAGGGUAUGAAGAUCUUGAGGAUGUGCACGGAUGAGCUGCAGCGGCGGUUACCGAUUGACUUCAAGGGCGUGCUGGUGAAGGUGGUGGAUAAGGAUGGUAUAAGAGAGGUUGAAUAUGAUACCAGCAAGCAGGUUCUGGCGCCUUGAGAAGGGCUUGGGCAUCAUAGGAAAAGGGCGAGCGCUCCAGAUGGUGUUUCGGGAGUUCGGGACAGAAGAUAGCAGCGACGCAGCUGUAAAAUGAUACAAUUGUAAAUUACGGUGAGAAGGCUGUCACCGCUGAUG